CACUUGCCAGCCGCCCACAAAGCCACCACGAGUCCCCCCGCGGUCCGCGCUCGAGUGCGUCAAAGCGUCGAGCACCUUGCGCGCGCCACCAGCCCAGUAACCCACACCCGCCGCCGCGCAAUGCUCGCCACCACCGCCGUCUCGCACGCCAUCUGGGCGGAGAUCAAGUCCGCGGGACGCGCCUCGGACGAGCACCUAUCCGUCCUGGAGACGCUGUUCGGCAAGAACAUGCUGCGGGCCUGCAAGAUCGUCGACGAGCGCGGCGUCCGUCGCGUCACCGGCGCACCCAGCGGUCGCUCGCUCUUCCUGGUGAUGGGGGAGUCGAAGAGGAAGGAGGAGUACCUCUGCUUCCCGGAGCACCUCUGCACCUGCUACUCCUUCUUCUACGACAUUGUCGGGCGCGUCGAGCAGCUCUGCUGUAAGCACCAGUUAGCGGCGCGUCUUGCAGAGGCUGUGGGAGAACACCAGGAGAUGGAGGUGACCGAUGAGGAGCUCGCACAAAUGCUUGCAAAGCUCUGACAGUUUGAAACUUUGAGUACUUCAGUAAUGCACAUAACAUUGACGAAUUGUUUCUUCUCCUUGCACCGAUAGAUUCUGCAAAAAGGCUAAAUCCAGUGCAAAGAGGUUUCAUGUUGGCUUUAAGAAUCCUUUGCUUGCAAUGGUAUGCCACAUGGACUUCUGCAUACAGCCUAGAAAUAGGACCUGUGCCGGCAGCCAGGGUAGAAUCUGUAGCAUUACAGUAUUGCCAACCUUUGUGUUGUAUACUAAUAUUGAACAAUUAACUUACAAGAAUGUGGGCAUAUAUAUGCAUAGUCCUGUGAACUGAUUGAUGAAUUUAGAUUAAUAGUUUGUUCA